CACCACUCUUCUGCUCCUUGACGACGGCGUCUGCCCUGACAUCGCGCUCAUGUAAAGGCCACAGCCGGCGAAAUGCCACCAAUGCAGCUUGCCCACCCCUCGCCCAAGCGCAAGCGCGACCAGCCCCAGCCGAUCCCGCUGCUCAACACGGCACUGGCCAUUCGACCCGCACAAACCCCACCACGACGCGACAGUCCCGCCCCCUCGACGGGCCCCGACAGCCCCAGAAAUGAAGUCGCAGACCAGCUGCGGGGGAUGUCCCUCAUCUCCACGGCCGCCAUCCCCAUGUCGCCGCUGACGCCUACCGACGACAUCACACGCAAAAAGCCGAAGCUGGGCGCUAAGGACGUGGACGACGACACAGCACCGGACAUGCACGCAGCGCAGACACCCGCAAAGCCCCGUAGGAGGGUCACCAUCAUGGAGACAGUCUCGUUUGAGCCGACCUUUGGAGGCAAGAGAGAGAUCCCGGAGACUCCUCAAGCGCCACGACCCCGCACCGUGACAGACAUUGCCGCAUUUGCACAACCCACCACUUUUGGAUCGCCAUCUGGCAGCACGCCGUCGCUGCGGACGCUACUCAGCAGCCAGAAUAUCCAAACACCCGCGUCGACAGACACAUCGUCGCCGCAUUCAGCCAUUCGCAAGAUGCCUGCGUCGCCCCCGCUUUCAGCUCUCACGUGGCGGGACGACGAGAUCACGGGCCACCUCACCGGCCCUGCCAACGACCCAGACGACGACGGGACUGGUCUCAACGGUAUCGGGUUCAAGCCGACCCCUGCUAUUGCGUAUCAACGCGCGCAGAGGCGGAAACAGCAGCUCCAAGAGUGGAAAGCUCGAGAGACUCGUGAGGCUAGGGCCAAGCGCAGCCAGCGACGACAGCGAGGUGUGAGUGCUAGGCCCGCAGCAUCCAGAGAGUCGACAAUAGAAAGGGAACUGCCGCCGCCGCCCCUGGAGGUUUCUCGAAGGAAGGUAUCGUUUGUUGUCUGAGCCCACAAACACCCAUUGGAGGACAGUAUCAGGGAUGUGAUCCAUGCACACACCAAAAGACAGUAGUAGCCACAGUGCAGAAAUUCACACACGCAGGAGAGGCGCGGAAGUAAUGUAAUCGGUGGAUCUAGGACAGGAGGAGUAAAGGAUUGUACGACGACAUCACGACACACUGACGAAUUGGUCACCUCGUUUUCUGGACUACAAGGAACGGCAUUCAGGUGCACGGCGUAUUGGGGUCAGGCGUUUUGGUCAUUCUUUUGGUUUCAGCGAGUCCAUCGCAUAGGACGACAUAUCAUACAGAUACUCCAGAUUUACACGCGUUCUG